CGACCUAACCAAACCACACUCCCACUGAGCUUCAGCGACACCUCAUUAAUUCAUUCAUUUCAAAACAACAACAACAACAACGAUUCCUGAAACGAGUCAACUCAUCAAUCUAACUCGGCGAGGCAUGGCGCCUCGCUCGAUCAUACUCAUCGUGCUGAGUUUCCUUCUGUUGACUCACUCCGAGUCAGCACCACAACAAGCCUUCAAAAGAGAACCCGGUCAUCCUCAGUGGCACCACAGCGCCUUCCACGACGUCAGAGAUUCCGUCCGAUCCGAUAUUCGCCGCAUGCUUCAUUCUCGUGCUGAGGUUCCGUUUCAAGUUCCGUUGGAAGUGAAUGUGGUUUUGAUCGGUUUUAACGGUGAUGGAGGAUAUAGGUAUACUAUUGAUGCGCAUAAAUUGGAACAGCUUCUCAAAACGAGUUUUCCGACUCAUAGACCUUCUUGUUUGGAGACUGAGGAGCUUCUUGAUAUUGAGCAUCAUUUGGUCUAUAAUGCAUUUUCUGCUGGACAGCCUGAACUGAUAGCACUUGAGAAAGCAUUGAAAGAGGCAAUGGUUCCUGCAGGAAAAGCAAGGGAGGUAACUGUUUCAUUGUAUAUCACUUUCUGUUUUUUUAGCGAUAUGAAGCUAAUAGCUAUUGCCUCCAUCUUGAGAUAUGAUUCUAAAGUUUUUUACAACUUCCAGUCUGACUUUGGAAGGGAGGUGCCUUUAUUUGAAGUUGAAGCGACGGCUGUGGAGCCAGUAUUUCAAAAGCUGUACUCCUACAUAUUUGACAUGGAUAGUGUGGGAUCUUCUGUCACGGAGAUGGAUAAACCAGUGCCAAGCGCAAUAUUUAUUGUAAACUUUGACAAGGUGAGACUAGAUCCUAGAAAUAAGGAAAUAGAUCUUGAUAGUUUAAUGUAUGGAAAAAUUCCUGAGCUAACUGAGGAAGAUAUGAAAAAACAAGAAGGAGAUUACAUUUAUCGUUAUCGCUACGAUGGUGGCGGAGCAACUCAAGUUUGGCUGAGCUCGGGCAGAUUUGUGGUGAUUGACCUUUCAGCAGGGCCCUGUACUUAUGGUAAGAUUGAAGCUGAAGAAGGAAGUGUCAGUUCUAGAACUUUGCCAAGAUUACGAAAUGUUGUGAGUCUGAGUAGCACAGCAUUUUAUCGAUCCAGCAAUGACAUUUUUCUUGGACAGCUUGCUUCUUUGGUAUCAACAACGGUGGAACACGUUAUAGCACCUGAUGUGAGGUUUGAAACUGUUGAUCUUACUUCAAGAUUGCUUAUACCAAUAAUAGUCUUGCAAAAUCACAAUCGAUACAAUAUUUUGCAAAAGGGCCACAAUUACAGUAUAAACAUCGAUGAAAUUAAGACAGAGGUGAAAAAAUUGCUUCAUGAUGGGCAAGAAGUUGUAAUUAUUGGGGGUACUCAUUCACUACAUCGCCACGAGAAGCUGUCAAUCGCAGUUUCAAAAGCUAUGCGUGGACAUUCACUUCAGGAAACCAAGAAUGAUGGUCGUUUCCAUGUUCAUACCAAAACUUAUCUUGAUGGUGCUAUCUUAAAAGAAGAGAUGGAACGUUCUGCUGAUGUGCUUGCUGCUGGAUUGCUUGAAGUGGCUGACCCAUCUCUUUCAAGUAAAUAUUUCCUCCGCCAGAGUUGGAUGGAAGAAUCUGAAGGGCCAACUGAUUCAAUUCUUAAGCAUAAGCCUCUUUGGUCAUCAUAUAACUCAAAACAGGGCAAGAAAAAGAGGAAGAAUGUAAAGAAACAAGGGGAUCUUCAACCAACUUAUGGAACAAGAGUAGUUCCUGUCUUUGUGCUAUCAUUGGCUGAUGUGGAUCCAAAUCUUAUGAUGGAGGACGAAAGUAUGGUGUGGACAAGCAAUGAUGUUGUAAUUGUGCUUGAGCAUCAAAAUGAAAAGAUUCCUUUGAGUUAUGUUUCAGAAACACAGAGAAGACAUGCCGUCCCAUCUCAAGCACAGCGUCAUAUAUUGGCUGGUAUUGCCACAGUGGUGGGUGGUUUAAGUGCACCAUAUGCAAAGGUUUCUCAUGUACAUGAAAGACCUAUUGUAAAUUGGCUUUGGGCAGCUGGCUGUCAUCCAUUUGGACCAUUUUCUAAUACAUCUCAUGUUAGUCAAAUGCUCCUUGAUGUUGCAUUGAGGAACUCGAUAUAUGCACGUGUGGAUUCUGUACUUCGUAAAAUUCGUGAAACAUCAGAGACCGUCCAAGGUUUUGCAGCAGAGUAUCUGAAAACUCCCCUUGGUGAGCCUGUGAAGGGAAAGAAGGAAAAAUCAACCACUGAACUGUGGUUGGAGAAGUUCUACAAGAAAACUACUAAUUUGCCUGAACCAUUUCCACAUGAAUUAGUUGACCGUUUGGAAAAAUACCUUGAUGGCCUUGAGGAGCUUCUUGUUGAUAUGUCUUCAUUAUUAUAUGAUCAUCGUUUAAAGGAUGCCUUCUUGAACAGUUCAGAUAUUCUUCAGAGCACCAUGUUCACCCAACAAUAUGUUGACCAUGUUUUGACCAGUGAGAGGGAUAAUAUGAAAUGCUGCAAAAUUGAGUACAAGUACCCUGUGCACUCUUCUCAAACUUACAUCUAUGGGGGAAUACUUAUUGCUGGAUUCAUUGUAUACUUUGUUGUAAUUUUCUUCUCAUCUCCGGUGCGCUGACACAAAAUUAUGAAGCCAACAAACAAGCAUUAUCACACUAAGCAGAGCAUAUCACUGCUAUACCAAUAUAAAAAAGAGUAUAGGACAGUUUUGAAUGUGUAGCGGUUGAUGCAGGACAGUUGAAAAGAACAAAAUUCCCGGAGUAACAUAACAUUGACUAGGUUAUGUCUUUUGUAGGUUGUGCCGGCAGUGGCUUUGUGUAUUUAUAUUUGCUUUGAAUUUGACAGUGUUAAUAGCUUGAAAAAAUCUGGUGCACUUUUUACUUCCUUGCAAAGGAGCGA